AUGACUCUUGGCUCGCCGACACGCUGCAAUUCUGAGUCUGAUGCCGAUAACCACCCGGUUGAAGCCUCCUUGGGCUGCCAUUUGGACGAGCGGAAGCUUUUCUACACCCAGAAGGUGAACGGCAUCUUUGGCUUGGCCCCCCAUGGCAUCACUGGAAGGUCCAAUGUGCUGAAGGAUCUUUUCAAAGACAAAGCCCAUGUCAACACUGCCGUCUUUGCCAUUUGCCUGGGAGAAUGGGGUGGAGAGUUGAGUGUGGGUGGCUAUGACACAAGGUACGCAGCACUUGGCAGCCGGAUGCAAUGGCUUCCCUUGCACCAUGCAGGGUACUAUGGCGUGGAUUUGAGAUCAAUUCUGUUUGGAAGUCAGGUCGUUGCCAACUCGGAGGAAUUCACAGGACGUACUGUCGUGGACAGCGGCACGACAUUCACCUACUUUCCGGCGAAGGUGUUUGAAACGUUGCGCCAAAGUGUCGCAGCAACGUGUCAAGGCUCACGGUGCGGGGCAAGAUCAGCAGGAAAGGACUGCUGGCUGUUGCCUACAGGAAGCCGCCCUGCAAAGUUCGCACCGAUCAUUCUGACCUUCGCUGGCGGAAAUGGAGGAGCUGACAUAUCAGUCAGCUGGCCUGCGAAUGCUUACCUCUUUCGACGUGGCAUGCGCGGGGUUGAUGGAUUCGAAGCCUGGUGCUUGGCCUUUGCGAGCAACGGGUUUUCCAAGGAGACGGUGCUGGGAAUCUCGUUUUUCAUGCACAAGCUCUUGGUCUUCGACACCGCGUCCUCGAAGCUCGGGGUGGAAGUUGCAAACUGUCCAGAGCAUCAUCAUUCCACCCAGCUCACGGCGCAAGCUUCUACAAGUCUAGACAGUCCUGUUGAAGAACAUCUUCGACAGGAGGACUCUAUGCAACAUCUUGGCUUCGUGUUAGGCUGCACUGGUGUUGUGCUACUCCUUGUUUCUAUGGGCAUGUUCACGUGGGCUUGCUGCUCGAGCGAAGAAGAGAACGACUCCACGGAGAAUUUCCUGGAUUGA